AUGACGGGUAGAGACAGAAUCAGUGGGUUGCCAAGCAACGUUGUGGAGCACAUCCUGAGGUUUUUGCCGCUCCGAGAAGCAGUGAGGACAAGUGUUGUGUCGAGAAAAUGGGCGAACAAAUGGGUGCACAUGCGCGCCCUUGUUCUCGAUGACAAGUUUGGCAAAGUAGUGAAACCAGUUGCAUCUGCCGCCAACAACAAACUCAUGCUUGACGUUUGCAACGUCCUCAUGCGCCACCGUGCUCGCCUCAACGCGUUCUCCCUCUCGAUCCCCGACCUCAGAAGCGCCUUCUCCGACCAUCGGAUUGGCCAGAUCAUCGGCUCUCUGGACGACCAGCACAUCGAGUCGCUGUCCAUUGAGAUCAAGGACUAUGUGCUGCCGAGUUGCAUUUUCUCCUUCACCCGACUCAAGAACUUGAAACUGUGUGGCUGCCAGUUCAGAUCCUCUGUCGUCGCAUUUCACAGCAGUGCUUUUGCUGAGCUCGACGUUCUCGAGCUCAGGGGCUUAGCAGUACCAAAACUUGGUGGUGAAGCUCGUUUCAGCUUUAACUGCCCGUUGCUUUCGUCACUGACCAUGGAAGGCUGCGGCCUUAGUACGAACAAGAUCGGCAUUGUUAUAGAGGCUCCUAAGCUCGAUUACUGUCGUAUCUCGGGGAGCUUCAGCUUGCUGGAGUUCAAGCACACUCCGCUCCUCAAAACUGUACAUGUUCAUCAAGAUCUGAGCUACAUUGAGGACAAAGGCUACUCAAACUUCAAGAAAUUUACAGACGCCCUUCGAUCGGUGGAGCAACUUUCCAUCUCUGGUUAUUUCUACAACAUCGGGAAGCAACAGGUAUUUGUUGAUGGCAGUCAAAAUCUUGUAAUUAAAAGUAAAAACCGCAGGGCGCAGCUUAAGCGAGUGAAGGUGGAGCAAUUCGACGGUACGAAGAUGGAAAUGGGUCUCGUACGAUCGUUGCUGUCCGCAUCACCAGCACUUGAUCAGAUGGAAAUCAAGUUUUCAGCCAGCCAUAGAGAUCGAUGGUUGAUUUGCAAAGAGAUGUUGGGAUUUGCACGGGCCUCGCCGACUGCCCAAAUCGCAAUCGAGUAA